AUGGUAUCGGCGAUCAGCGAGAAGGAUUUGGUGCAGGAAAUCCAAACCGCGGCGUUCCCCUGCGCGGUCAAAACGAAGCAAGCCCUGAUCGCGAACGAAAAGUUCUACCAGGAACCAAAUGUACCCGCGCCGAUCUUGGGAAGGGUUAUCGCCGUGCGACUGCUGGAAGAUUCGGUGCCGGCCGCGCCGGGUACCACGAUUUCUCAAGUCUCCAAACCCUGGCCGCCGUACUUGCGAAAGGUGUCCAGUUUCAACGCGAGCAAUUGCGAGCAGGUGGAUGUGUCACUGGGCGCACCGGUGAGCCCAGUGAAAGACUCCGAACCCGGGGUUCUCGAGUACGCCUCCGUGUCUAAGCAAGCGGCGAACAUAGCGAACAGCCAGCAGACCGCGAACGCGAAACAGGCGGCCAUAGCUGCGAAGGCGAACGCGGCUGCGCAAUCAAAUGUGGCAAAGGCGAAGGCUGCCGCGGCGGCGAAAUCUGCUUCGGGGCAGAUCGUCAUGCUGCAGACAGAGAAAACGGAGAUGAAGAUGUUCUCACAGAGCAACAAGGCACUACUACAAGAGCACCAAAGUAGUAAAAACGAGCAUAUGCUUCUCGCAAACAGGAUGCAGCAGAUGAGUCGCGUGGUUUACCAGGCGGAGGCGAAGAACAUCUCGUACCAAACCGUCCCGGUUGUGAAAGCCGAGCUGUGCGACCGGCUCUCGUCCACCGACGUUUUCUCGAAGGACUUGAACGCUACGGGGGGUUGCAACCAGUUUUACCUUCAGCAAUUCUCGUCAGAGAGCUUUGAGAACGGGUCUCUGAAGCAAUCGUGGCACAGCCGCGCGUUCCUCGACAUGGAGGUGCGGAAUGCGAAAAUGUUCAAUUGUGAGGCGAUCGACCAACG